GUUUCUAGUGACGAGGAUCGCGAUCCUCGCUUGGUGCGUACUGGCGGGAUUGUAUUGUACUGUGCUUAGUACGAUGAACUGAACAUCUGACGGUUAGUGUGAAAUGUGUGUAAAAGUGGAACUUGCGAUCCGAAGGAUUUGAAGAAAAGGGACCGGAAAAAUAGUAACAGACUCGUAGUGAUUUCGGUUAAAUUUUUUCGCGAGGAUACACGUUUCAGCUUUUGUAAGCGCACGGGAAUUGUUGUUGAACUUAGUGACACGUGCGAACUGUUUAUUGGCUAUUGUGCAUUGAAUAAAGUUGGAAAAACCCGCAGAAAGAUCACGGAAAGUAGAUUUCGGUGUGAAUACAGUUGGCAUACAAUCAUUCUCGUUGCAGUGGUGAAAAUUACCGCACGAUGACAGUUUGAAUAGCAUUCUAUGUUUUAAUUGCACUUGUUGGUUGAGAAAUCUGUGUCUCGUGUUGGAUCUAAACGUAGUAUCGAUAAGGCAAAACAAUGACGACAACGCCGGUUUUCCCGCUGGAUGCCGGACAAAAACGAAUCGUCAAGUUCGGUUUUCUGGGGCUUAUCUUCAUCGCGCUGGGCUGUACCGUAGUGGUGAUCGAUCCGACCGAUUUGAUCGUGACGAAUAUGCUAUCUAUGUAUGAAGGUUCCUAUCUACACCGGCUGUGGAAAAAACCACCAUUGGAUGUGUUCAUCAGUAUUUAUGUGUUCAACGUGACUAACGCCGACGCGUUUCUUCGUGGUGAGGAAAAAAUUCGGCUAGUGGAGGUCGGACCUUACGUAUACCAAGAAUACUUGGAAAAUCACAACUCAACAUUCAACGCAAACGGAACUCUAAGCUUCACGCCCGUCCGCCAUCAAAUAUUCGUUCCUGAUCGCUCGGUCAGUGACCCUCAGAAAGAUUUAAUAAUAGUCCCAAACAUCGCCUUACUAGGAGUAUCCAGUGCAGCAUACCGGAUGUCCGCUUGGGCCUCCCUAGCAGUAGCAGCAGCACUUAAACCUCUAGGUAUGCCUCCGUUUCUGAACAUUAGUGUUCACGAUCUUCUCUGGGGGUAUGACGAUCCGUUGGUCAAUGUUGCCUCGACCCUUCUGCCGGAUAUCAUUAACUUCGAAAAAAUUGGAAUCCUCGAUCGUAUGUUCGACGAUGGUUACGAUACGGUCACGAUAAACCUGCCGGAAUCGGUGCAAAACCUACGGAAAGCUAAGAUCGUCGCCGAUGUGGAUCAUGACGAAAUGGAUCUCGUGGAGGAUGAAUACUUUGCCGGGGCUGUGCUGCAGGAUGAUGAACAAGAAGAAGCCGAUGAGAUCAUCCGUAACUAUUCGAUCGAUUUGUGGAAUGGUUCCCCUGGUCUGGCCCAUUGGGGUUACGUAGGAAAGGAUCACUGGGAUGCGGAGCGGAGAAACACUCCGUGUAACACCUUGCAGGGAUCGUACGACGGGACGGUGUUCCCGCGAAACAUUUCCAAGACUGAGAUAUUCAGGGUGUACCGGAAAGCCUUCUGUCGAACGUUGCCGAUCGCUUUCGAACGGCAAGGCGAACACGACGGUAUCGAGGCCUACUGGUUCUCGAUAAAGGAGAAUGCAUUCGAGAGUUCGCUGGAUGAUCCGUACAGUUCGUGCUACUGCCGGAAUGGAAAAUGUCUACCCAAAGGGUUGGGGGAUUUGAGUCCCUGUUGGUACAAUAUACCAGUAGCCGUUUCGUUGCCUCACUUCUACAAAGGAGAUCCGACGUUGGUAGAAGCAGUCGAUGGUCUCAAACCGGAUAAGGAGAAACAUGACGCAAUUAUUAUUAUGCAGCCACAACUUGGAAUUCCUAUGAAAGCAAGCAUUCGGGUGCAAAUCAACUUGCUGACUAACGUCAGCUUUAACGCAGAUCUACGAUCUUUCCACAACCGAGUAAUUCCUCUCAUUUGGGCCGAAAUGGCUGUUGAGAAACUUACACCGGACAUCGUGUUGCUGCUGCACCUGCUGUUCGACAUUGCACCGUACCUGCAGAGCGGGUGCGUGUAUCUGCUGUGGCUGCUCGGUGUUUCACUACUCGCCACCACGGCGCUGAUGUUGCUCUGUUCGCGUCAUGCAACACUCGAGUACGACCCGCGCAAGUCGAUCCGAUACUCCACGGUCAACAUGAUACCGUAUCCGUUGCGGAAGGAGCUGGAGAAGUACGGCGAGGGUGAGAUUCGGCGGGAGGCGCUGCUGAUAGAGAACGAGGCGUAGUGCGGUAGAAUCUGUUGUGGGCGAAGAAGAAGAAGAAGGAAUGCAAUUUUGCCCGGUUGCUGCCCGGCAGCGAACGGGUGGGAUCUUGGAGAAUUAUUCUUAUAGAAUAACUUAGUCAUUGUGAUAGUUAAGACUUAGCUGUAUGGCUAUAGCGCUGCGAAUUGUUGAAAUUUGGUUGUGACAGCAAGCGGUUCCAUCCUUCCACUAAAAUUUAUGUAUUUAUUUCUAUUAAUUUACUGAAGAGUUACGAUCAUUAAAAUAGUUUAAACUGUGAUUCCUAUUAAUAUAACGAUAAGCUAUGAAUCUAUUUUUAUGUGCGUUUCUAGCAGUACCUAACAAACGGUUUCAGCGAGUGGAAUUCUUUCGAUACUUAAGGAUACAAGGUGUUGUAACAAACCAGCUGGUCGGGUAUAAUAUAGAAACAUUUCUAAAUGUUCUGGUUCCAUGACAGUUAGAAUGAUUAAUCAAAUAAAUUGUAAUUUAUUGCGUCACAAGGUGCUUAUAGAGAAAUUCCAAAUUACAUAUUUCAAAAUUAUUAAAAAUUCAGGAAUACCGACACACGUACCACCUGUUGCUUCCUACCACAUCGGGGUCCAGUGCGGCAGGGCGUUAAUUUACAGUAAAUUAUGGCAAUUCUAACCUGGAAAAAUGUUCGUGACAUGGGAAAAUCCACCAAUGAUUUAUGAGUGACUAACGGAAGCAUGCAAGGGUAACAUCCGUUGCUGGGACAUAGGUACGUGAUGAAACAGCAGACUAUAGCUGAACUACGUAAAGAUGCCAACUGGCAGUGCAACAUCGGAUGUUGUAAAGAGUAUUAAAGCUGUUUGUGAAAAUUGAAUAAUUUUGAAAUUUGCGAAUGGCAACUGUGUCUAGCGUGUCAUUAAACUUGCUGGGAAAAUGUUGAUUUAGAUGCCGGAGAGUUAUUUCUGUUUUGCCUGUGAGUUGGUCUCGUGGAAAUUAGCAAUAUGUUGAACGGGAUUACGACCAAUCAGAUUCCAUGUACGUGAGUAUUUUCUAUUCAAUACAGGUAGUCUAAUCAAUCGAUGGGUUCGCAUUUUGUUGUUGCUAAUAAUUUGUGUUUAGUGUGCAUGCGGCGGUGGCAAAUCGUGUUUGAUAUGAAAUAAUUGGUCGGUAUGUGUGAUGGCUAUCUUUCAUUUGGAGCAAAGGGGAGUUAAUUAAUGUUAGCAAAUAUGAUAGUGAUGAUGCGAUCAUCAUUUUAAUUAUUUAACAUUAGUAUCGAGGUAUUC